AAUCCUUCACUGUUGAUCAUCAAGAUCUAUUGAAAAAAAUAACAUUAGUUUAUACGGCAUUAUUGUUUCGAUCUUUUUCCAAUGAUUCCAUUCGAUUCGAAAGAAUAUUGAACGAUGAAAUUGUACCAGAUACAAAUAAUUUUUGGAAUCCAUUAUUCGAUCAUGUUGAAAUUGAAUUAUCCGAAUGGUCAUUAUGGAUAUUUUUUCUUGCUUUGAAAUAUGAAGAAUUUGCUAAGAAUUUAUACUGUAUUAUAUCAUCGAAACGAAGAAUGAUAUUGCUUGAUAUUUGUAUGGAAUUUGUUGAUGAUGAAUGUAAAAAACAAAAACAAAUAUCAACAAUUAAAAAUAUUGAACCAGAUGAUUGUAUUAAUCUGUAUGACUGUCAACUAUGUCCAUUACCAGAAGAAUUUGUCAAAUUUAUUAAUCAAUUAUUUCAUCAUCAAAUACGUGAAUAUUUUAACAAAUCAAAUUUUGAUUCCAAUUCUGAAGAUUUAAUAGUUUUUUCGAAAAUUUCUUCUUUUCUAUUGAAAAUUAUUGCAUUUAAAUCAUAUGAAAAUAUUUUAAAGAAAAAUGAUGAUUAUUUUAAAAAUUUACUCGAUAUUCUAUCAUGUUUUCAUUCGAUGAGUAAUGAUCCUAAAUCCAUUUUUUUCACACAAGAUCUUCGUUCAACAAACAACAACAACAAAUGUUUUGCCGAAAAUGAAUCUGUUUUUGGUUUCAAACGAAAUAUAAUUGGUUUAAUUGCAAAUUAUUUACACGAAAAUAUGCAAGCACAAGAACAAUUACGAAUAUCUGGUCGAUUUAUAGCGUUAUUGGAUUCAGCCAAAAUUGAUCGUAAUAAUCCAUUCAUUUUACAAUGGACAAUAUUUGCCAUACGUAAUGCAUUGAAAAAUAAUCCGGCUAAUCAACAAUUCAUUGAAAAUCUACAAAAACAAGGAGAAAUUUUUGAUGAUAAAAUUUUUAAUGAUAAAAUUAAAUUUAUUUAA